UCAAGAAGAAGAAGAAAUAAUUUCGAACACAAAUAAAAACAAAAACAUUUUCUUUCGGCUUUUAAUUUGCAUCGUACUUGUACACGCAAAAAUGAGUGAAGAAGAUCAAGAAACAGAGUCCACGGAUAAUAUGUUGAGUGAGGAGUAUCAAAGUCCGGAAUAUUUACAAAGGAAACUCUAUUUCUUAUUGGAACAACUUAAAACAAUGCACAACGAAUUGCCAGAAAAAUAUCAAAUGCGAAUACCAUACGAACUGUUAACGGGACUGGCUAAUUCACUGGCCAACGACACAAUAUUCGAAAUUGUUAAACGAUUAAUGGAAAUUCAACAUGUGACCGAAAAUCACCUCGAACAAUUGCGCAAACAGGUGGAAAACGAACAUCAAAUUGAAAUACAAGAAUGGAUUGCGAAAAUAGCCGAUGCCGAGGAAUUGGAACACAUUUUGGCGCUGAUGAAAAUAAAGCAUGCGAAAAGGUUGAAAGAGACGGACAUGAAAUUGGUGUUGCAUCUGGAUCAGAAGGUGAAAGAUCAACAGUCCACACUGGAGAAGGCUGGAGUGCCGGGAUUUUAUGUCACAGACAAUCCGAAAGAGAUAACCAUUCAGAUGCAUCUGUUGGAUUUCAUUUUAAGACUGAGUCGGAUCAAGUAUGAGCCGACGAAAUAAAAGCGUUGGGAGUUUUAAGCA